AUGACGGCAGAUACUCCGGCCCAAGAGGGCCACCUCCAAAAGAGGUUCUCAAAGAUCACUAUGAUCGGCAUGGCAUUCGCAAUUCUCAACACUUGGAUCUCUCUCGCCGGGUCCCUAGGACUUGUCAUGCCAUCAGGUGGCUCUGUCAGCUUCGUCUACGGCUUCAUUUUCUGCGUUAUCUGCAAUAUCUGCUUGAGCGCCAGCGUAGGGGAAUUAGCAUCCCUGUAUCCUACAGCCGGAGGACAAUAUCACUAUUCAUUUGCCCUAUCAACCAAAAAAUGGAGGAAUCUUAUGAGUUUCCUUGUUGGAUGGAUAAAUAUCGCUGGGUGGUUAACACUUAACACAACUGCAGCCUACUUUGGAGCUCGCUUCCUUGCCGCAGCCGCAGUAGCUGGUUCUGGCGGUACAUAUGAGAUCACUCAAUGGGGCACGUAUUUGAUGUUUGUCGCAGUAUCAAUUGUUGGCGUGUUCCUGAAUAUCUUUGCCUAUCCAAUUCUGAACCGAUGGAAUGAGGGUGCUCUGUAUUGGUCCAUAACCAGUGUUGUGGUGAUCAGCAUCGUGCUUCUGUCCACCUCCCCAAAGACUGAUGCCAAGUUCGUCUUUACCAAUUUCUCCAACACAACUGGAUGGAGCGACGGCACGGCUUGGAUGCUUGGACUGCUUCAGUCAGCUCUGAGCAUGAUCGGUUUUGAUGCCGUCGCACAUAUGACGGAAGAGAUGCCCCGACCACAAAAAGAUGCCCCUCAGGCCAUGGUUGCUGCUGUUCUAGUCGGUGGUGUAACUGGUAUUGUCUUCAUCUUGGUCAUGCUCUUCUGCUUCGUUGACCUCGACCUCCUUCUCGCAUCACCCACCCAGAGCCCUCUCACUGAGAUGAUCUUCCAAGCCACCGGUAGCCAAGUCGCGGCGACAGUGUUGAGUGUUGCCGUUGCCCUGUGUUUUGUUAAUGGAGCCAAUGGCUGUGUAACUUCUGGAAGUCGACUUCUCUGGUCUAUGGCCCGUGAUAAUGGAACACCAUUCUCCAACUAUCUCUCACACCUUCACCCCAAGCUGAAUGUUCCCGUCCGAGCUAUCUUAGUACAAGCUGUCUUCAAUCUUUGCUUUGGAUUAUUAUAUCUAGGCCCGGAAGUUGCUUUUAAUGCAUAUAUCGCCAGCUGCACACUGUUCCUCAACCUGUCAUAUGCCGCGCCAGUUCUCAUCCUUCUUAUCAGAGGGCGACAGCUUGUUCUCGCAGAGCCUCCUGAGUUUUCCCUUGGACAUGUGUUUGGAUACACGGUGAACUACAUCGCAGUCAUCUUUGUUCUUGUCACAUCAGUUUUUUUCUGCUUCCCACCAGCAAUUCCGAUCAACGUAUCAACUAUGAACUACGUGACAGCUGUCUUGGGCAUCUUCAUCAUUUUCGUUACUGGACUGUGGUUCAUGAAGAAGAAAUCCUACGAAGGGCCUAAACUUGAGUGCAUUUUGGGGGAAGAGUUGCCCGUGGCUGAUCUGGAGCCAAAGAGAACAGAAAAAGAAGUUGUCUCCAGCUCACAUUCCAAGCAGGAAGAAUGA